ACGAGGAUUAAUUAUCCGAAUUUUUAUUAAUAGACUGUCUAAGUUUUGUAUAUUUAUUAUUAUAUACAUAAAGGCAUAUAAGUUGAUCUAUUAUUAUCCUUAUAUCAUAAUUAAACGAUAGAUCAUUGAGAAGUGAGAAAAAACUUCAGGAGUGUAAAAAUCCAAAUCCAAAUCCCGAAUUAUCCCAUAAGCAUAUUAAAUUAUAGUUUAUAAAUUUAUAGAUCGAGUACGAUUAUCAUCAUAUAUACACACAAAGUCAAUGAAACUUUUUGAAACCAAACAUUAUUUCAAUUAUCCUUGGGAUCAAGUGACGGCAGCCAAUUGGCAAAAAUAUCCUAAUGAAUUAUCAACUCAUGUUGUUUCUGUGGAUAUACUUGCUAGAGAAAUUGAUGUUGAAAAUAAAACUUUAAGAACUGAAAGACUUAUUGGAUGUAAACAAGCUAUACCUAAUUGGUUAUCAUUUAUUGUUGGAGGUCAGAAAUUAAGUUAUGUUCGUGAAGUUAGUGAAGUUGAUUUAGUUAAUAAUACUUUGGUUAUGAAGUCUCAUAAUUUAACUAUGAAUCAUAUUUUAUUAGUUAAUGAAACUGUUAUUUAUAGACCUGAUCCAGAAUUGAAAACAAGAACUUUAUUUCAACAAAGUGCUGAAAUUACCGCUUAUGCUACCAUUAGUAGAAUUUGUGAUAAAUUAGAAGAGUGGUCGGUUGAACGUUUUGGUCAAAACGCCAAAACAGGAAAAUUAGCCUUUGAAGGUGUUUUAGAUACUUUAUCAAGAAAAUGGGAAGAAAGUGGAGUUUUCGUAUCUGAUGUCUUAAAAGACAUUAACAACGAAGUUAGUGAGAAGACUAAUGAUGUCGUUAAUGAAGUCAGUAAGUUGGGUAUCUUUAAAUUUAAUAAGAAUGUUACUCAAUCUCCAGUUCAACAAACUGAAGUCAAUUAAUUGGCUUAACUAUUUUAUUUUAUUUUAUUCCAUUCAUUCAUCCAUUCAUUUCAACUUUUAUUUCCGUUGUAUAUUAACAUUAAUUCAUUCAUUCAUUUAUUUAUUUAUUCAUUAAUUUAUUUAUUUAUUUAUUUCAUUUCAUAUUUGCAUCCAUAUCUUUAUGAUAUCCUGAAAAAUCUUUAUUUCAAAAGUUAUACAUUUUAUUUUUAUGCCUGUAAUUAGAGAGGUUUAGUUCUUGUAAAUAGUCCUACAUAGCUCAUUCAUUCAUUAAUCUACUUCUUAACUAAUAUUAUGAUUUGAUCUUUUACUUUCG